CGUGGUCGGGACUCAGAGUUGACAAUUGAAAGUCCAGCUGUAGAAGUCGUUACCUUCAUCGCACGCCAGGAACUUUUCGCGCCAUAAAAUCGGUUACGAAAGCUCUAACUCACAAACCGACCUAACAGACACUACUCUCCUCCUCAACAACACCCACCACUCUAUACUCACCAUUCUCUCUCUCUAGAAUGCAAAGACCUACUACGAGCUCGUCCCGUGCUUCCGAUGAAUAUCGCCAUGACCAUGUCAUCGAGAUAACGCAGCAGCAGCAGCAGCAGGACAAACACUCUCCGAAAAGGAAGACGACGGAAGGUCACACAGGUCGUUCGUUCUUCGAGCGUCUUCGCGUUCGCCGGAGGGAGAUGUGGCGUUCCCGAUAUAGGGCCAAUUUGAUGAUUCAUGUUAUUCCUGUGAUUGUGUUGCUCUGCUUCUUCAUCCUCUGCUGCUUCUCUUAUCCAGUGAACCUGGAAAUCAAAGAUGGCAGAAUCAUGGAAAUCCAUAGGAUUGUGUUGACAUGGCCUCUCAACAACGAAACCCUUGUUGACCACACCGUCCUGGCAUCGGCUACUCCAUCAAAUGCCUCAGUCCCUCAGUUUCUGAUACUUAAGAAUGAAACUGAAGAACAACCGGUGAGUCCAACUGAUUGAAGAAUCAUUUCUUUCAUAUGAGUCACA